AUGAUGGAAUGGUCUUCAAAAUAUGCUGCAAGGGCUUACCUAGAUACCCUUCAACUGUGUAACAAUCAUAAAAGACAAUAUGGCACUUGGAGAAUUCAAGAGCCAGGAAGAAAUGAAUUUGUAUCAGCAUUAGCAGCAGGAAUGAAAGCAAAACUCAUAUUGGAAGUGACAUCACGUGUAUCCCUAUCCACAAUUGCCCUAGCAGCUGCUGCUAGAUACACUGGAGGCAAGCUUGUGUGUAUUCUUCCUGAGACAGUCCUUGAUGAAUCAAAAGAAGUUAUUAACAACUCAGGGCUUGAAGACCAAGUAGAAUUUAGAACUGAAGACCCCUCCAAGCUACUUCCCUACUAUGAAAACAUUGAUUUCUUCCUUGUUGAUUGCAAAGAUGAAAACUAUACAAGGUUGCUCAACUUGGUGGAUGUAAACCCAACAAGAUCUAUAGUCGUGGCAAAAAACCUGGGUGGUGAUGGUGAUAAAAAAGGGCUAGGAGGGUAUCUUAGAGUAAAGGACAAGAAAUUAGCAGUAAGAUCUCUAAAGCUUCCCUUAGGGAAAGGCAUGCAAGUUACUAGGAUUAGCAAUAAUGAUGACUCUAAUGAGAGACAUGGGAUUAGAGGAGAAUACAGCAGGAAAUGGAGAAAGAGUUCAUGGGUUGUCAAAUAUGAUGAGGAGAGUGGUGAGGAACAUAUAUACAGGGUACCUCAGGUUGAUUGGUUCUGGGGUUAA